UGUGUUAAUGGGUCGAGCGAGAGAGAUACAGAAAUCUCAGACUUACAUCACACACUGUCGGGGAAACUCGCGCGGGAACUGGCUCCGAAAUGAGCAUGCUGAUCCCCCCGCUUAUCCUUAUGUUGGCGAUCCUCUCCUGUAAAGGAGGGAGAUACAGACGGUUCAUUGAGUGGGGUCCAGAUCUAGCCCCGGGGUCAUUUUGCUCUUCACGACAAUGUUGCCCGGGCAGGGAUGAUUCUUGCACGGUGGAAAUCCUGGGGUCUGUCUGUUACUGUGACGUUUUCUGUAACAGAACAGCAAACGACUGUUGUCCUGAUUAUUACGUCACGUGCCAGGACGUCGCACCGGUCACUAUAGCCAGUUGCAGAUUUUACGGAAAAGAUUACGACCCCGGUAUCGUAAUCCGAGACAACUGCAAUCUUUGUACCUGUUCUUUGGUGCAGCUAUUUCGCUAUGACUGGGUGUGUUCUAACAACACUUGUCUGAUUGACGUUCAACGAUUUAACCAAACAUCUGAAACCCUAGGGUGGCAAGCAGCAAACUACACUCGUUUUUGGAAUAAGACGUUCACUGACGGAAUCAAGGAACAUGUUGGUAUAGCAACCGAAAGCAAAGCACAAAACAUGUCCUCCGUUCAGCGCAAGUUACAGAGCGAUCUCCCGACAUUCUUUGACUCUAGAAAUAAAUGGACAUCAUGGAUACAUCCGGUUCGUGACCAGAGGAACUGCGCAUCCUCCUGGGCUUUCUCCACAGUAGACGUGGCAGCGGACAGAUUGUCGAUCGAAUCUAGAGGUUUGUUGACCAAUCAGCUGUCACCUCAGCAUCUCUUGUCAUGCAAUAGGAGGCGGGGCCAGAGAGGUUGCGAGGGCGGGUCUGUGGAGAAGGCCUGGUGGUUCAUCAAACGGAAAGGUAUCAUGACAGAGGAAUGUUAUCCUUACUACGGCGGAAACACAACGGCUGCUGACCAGAAAUGUCUAGCCAAUAUGGAAACAUGUCCAAAUGCCAACUCCUCUACCGCAAAAAUCGUCCUGUACGUCACACCAACCUACAGAGUCGGAGAAAAUGAAGAAGAAAUCAAAUCAGAAAUAUACAAAAGAGGACCUGUGCAAGCCACAAUGCGAGUCCCUGCUGAUUUCUUUAUGUACCAGUCAGGAGUGUACAGGCACACGGGAGCGGAAGUGGGACAGAGCGAAUUGGCCGUCAGAGUUGUCGGGUGGGGAGAGGAUGCUGAUGAAAAUGGAAGAAAACGGAAAUAUUGGAUAUGUUUAAAUAGUUGGGGGACGAAAUGGGGAGAGAAGGGGGCGUUCCGAAUGGUGAGGGGAGAGAAUCACCUCGGUAUCGAAGGAAAUAUCCUGGCUGUCCACGCAGACAUGAAGAGGUCGCUAGCAACCCAUCCUAGCGAGGGCAUACGUGACGAAGGUUUAAUCAAUAUAUACACUAAUAAACAAAUUGUGGUCAUCAAGAGACCACGACCCACGGCACAACCUUAGUCCGGGACCACGCCCACUCGCCGUGCCUCGAUGAGGGCGCCAAGAAACAGUGUAUUAAUUGGCUGUAAUUGUUUAUGUUGAUGGGGGGUUGUGUGUGUGUGUCAAGCUAGUUUUUAAGAGUAUUACGUCAUACAUAAUUUAUGUGCCAGUGGGUCACUUCGUAUAUGGGACACAAAGUUUACAACAAGUUCAUUUUGCUGGGAUAAGAGUUCGUCGUUACAUUUAAUGCGAAUAUUUCGUGCUAAAGAGAAGAAUCACCUGCAACUUCAACUCAUGGAUGAAAAUCUUUUCCAAAUCUAAGGAGGUGGUCACCUACUUGACGCCACCAUGCAGGGCCGAAAGUUAGGUGUCUUGUUAGGGUAUUAUAUCGCUAUUUGAAAUGUUGCGCUUUACAGAGAAAUGCGUGUCAUCCUGCAUGGAUAUUUCUUUUGCCAGUAUGGGAUCAAUUAGUGUUCGUUGAACUAAGCCCUGCUAAGCUGAUGCAUUGGAAUAGAAUGAAAUUUGGAACACGAUUUGAUAGUCCAAUUUCACAGACUAGAGAUAGCUCUUCAUAGUACCAAUCUUUUUAUAAUACUGAAAUGAAACGGGGAAAAAAAGAUGUGUUUGCAAUAAAGAGAUUAGAUUCCACA